UGCUCCUUUCGGUGUGAAAAAAAUCAAAGGGGAAUAAAGAAAAUGCGAACCCGCAAGGAUUAUGGGAUCAUACAAUCCCAAAAUUAUCUUGACUGGCAGGGGGUAAAACAACCCUUCUAGAACCAGCUGCAGAUUCGGUGCCCAAUCAGGUGGAUCUUCGAUCAUCAAGCGCAGCUGAUUGGGAAAAUCCUGAGGUGCAUCGUGGUGCUCCAUUGGAAUGAGCAUAGGGUUGAAAUUUAUUUCACCGCCCGCAAUACUCAAGUGAAACUCAUCAAGCAGAAGGAAUUCGACUACUGGUGUGAGAUUGUGAAUGAACAACCCCCAUCCCCCAACAGGAUUGUACCGAGGAGGGAGGAGGGUCAUACCAAUCUGGAGAGAAGGGAAUUGUGGUGGAGGAUGAUCGGAUAGUGUUUUGAUAAUAAUAUUACAAUUUUGGCAGAAAAGAUUAAGGGAGUGUAUUUCUAUGAAAUGAGAGAAGUGAAGGUUGAACUCAAUCCUGUUGCUGCGAAUGGGGGUGUGCUAGGGGGUGGUGAUGAAAUGGUGGUUAAAAAAGAAGAGGAGGAGGUCCAAGAGCAGAAGGGUCAGGGUGGUGAGGUGAUUGAAGGUGGUGUGCAAGGUGAUGAGAUGGAGACUGGAGAAGGAGCGGCACAAGCGGCGGCUUUGAUGGAGGAUCAGGGGGAGGAUAAGAUUCACACGUUAGCUGUAGCGGAACAGGCGGAGCAGCGAGAGAAGGGAGAGGAUGGAGGUCAUCACUUGGAUGUUGUGGAGCAGGUGGAAAAGUUUGGAGAUGAUGCGGACUCGGAGAUCCAUCGUGUGAUUUAUCGAGAAAUACAUGAGGUUACUAUCAAAUUUAAUCCGAAUACGGGGGAGGAGAGGGUGGAACUUACGAGGCUGAGAGAGUGGACCAUAAAUGACAGAGAUUGAUUCAAGAUAAUCCAUUGAAAUCCUUUAAAAAUUCUCUUGAGAUGGGUAGGAAAACUGGAGCGGAUUUUUUG